UUUUUGUUCAAAUAAUGUGAAUAUCUUGAUAAAGAAUGACGUGUCGUAUAAUAUAACAAAUAUGGACUCAAAUUUUCUUAUAAACCUUACACCACAACAAAUGUCUGAGGUAUAUGCAGAGUUAGGUACCACAGAAGAAAAAAUAAAUAAUGAUGUUGGAUUUAUUCUUGAAUGGUGUCAAAAACAACCUCAUCUACCAGAUUUACAAACGGAACAAAUAAAAGUGAGGUCAUUUUUGGUUGCAUGUAAAAACAGUCUAGAGAAAACAAAAGAAAUGUUAGAUAAUCAUUACACCAUAAAGACUUUAUUGCCAAAAUGUGCUCACUUUGAUACAACAAGUCAAUUGUUUAAUGAUACAUGUGAAAUGAACAUUUGUAUUCCGUUACCAAAGAUAUCAAAUGACGGAAUAAGAGUUGUACUACAACAUUUGAAAACUAAAGAUGCAACAUCAUAUAACUUUAUGAAUACGACAAAACUUAUGUUAAUGGCUUUGGAUAUUAGAUAUUCUAAAUUAGAUUUUGCUAAAAAAGAAAUUGUCAUAAUGGAUAUGAAAUUUUGUACAAUGAAUCACGUCGUAUCAAUACUAGAACAUUUGAACGAUUUUACUCGUUACUUGAAAGGUUAUGCGUAUCGAAUACACGAAUUUCACUUACUUAAUGUACCAAGUUUUGCAAUCUCUAUGAUAAAUUUAGUGAAGAGCAAAUUAAAAAAAAAAAUUGAAGGAAGAAUAUAUUUUCACACUAAUGUUGAAGAAUUGAAAAAAUUCAUUGAUCCUAGUAUUCUACCAAUAAACUAUGGAGGCACUUUUCCAAAAACAUCCAUAGAUCUAAUGGACGAAUGGAAAAAUGAAUUGAUUAAGCAUCAUGAUUGGUUUUUAUAUCAAAAUAAACUAGUUGUCGAUGAAAAAAAGCGAACAAAAAUAUCAAAUUUUCAAUUGGAAAGUUUAGAUGGUUCAUUUAGAAAAUUGGAAGUUGACUAAUUAAAAAUAUUUAUAUUGCUUAGUAUUCUUUUAUAGUUUAGAAACAUCUAUAAUUUUUAUAAUAAAUAAUAAACUAAAACUACAAUGAUUAUUAUAAUUAAUGUUGAAAGGAAACAGAAUUUAUGUUACAAUAAUUAUACACAAUUAAAAAAAUUAUUUUAUGUAAUAAUAUUAUAUGCUUUUAUAGAAUAUUUGUUAAAUCGAUAAAAUUCCUAACUACAAAAAUAUAAAGUAAUGUUUUCGUGAUAUCCCCUUAAUACUUAUAUCUAUCUAACUGUACAUAAUUAAUUAAUUAAUUAAAUAAAAACUUCAAAAUUUACAUUUUUCUUCUAAUAUAUUACAAGUAAUAAAAUACUAAAAAACAGUUAUAGUCAUUAUUUGAUGAGUGAAUGUUUUAAUAUUUCACAUAUGCAUUAAUAGAGAAAUUAAUUUGUAAUAAUUCUAUCUAGGCUGUGUUUUUAUGAUCAAUAAAAUAUGAGCUUCUUAAUAAUAUUACUUAAUAUUAACUUAAAUAUUUAUAUUAGACAUUAGGAAAUAUGAAAUAGAUUGCCGACCAUGACCUUGAAGAAUUUUGGUAGUAUAAAGAAUAAAUAAUCAUCUGGAAAUAAAUUAUAAUUAUGAUAAUAAACAUAAUGUAGAAAAAGAUAUAUAUUUUAUUACAAAUAAAUAAUAUUAUCAGACUUAUAUUUUUUCAACUGUAUCUAGUCUUUAACCAUUAGUUUUGUUAUUUAUUCAAUGAUUUUAAAUUAAUAUAAAUGUCUUUUUAGUGAUAAGUUACAAUAAAGGGUUUUCAUAUUUUAUUAGUUUUGUGGGUAACUGAGAAGCUAUUAGUUUGAUUUUAGAGCUAUUAACUGAAUUUAUUGUAGUUUUUAUGUAAAUUUAAACCAUAUCUAGUAAGUUAAUCUGCCUAUAUUGAAUUUUAUUUAAAUUUUAGCCACUAAUUUUAGAAACUGUUUUACCAUCUUGCCCUUGAAUAGUAAAAAAAUCUUCAUAUAUACUGCAGAUAUUUUUCACUAUAAAAACAAGUGAUGUUAAUUUGAAAAUCACAUUAUUUGUUUUUUACUCAAGAAACGUAUUUUACAGGAAAAAUGGCAUCUCAAAUAACUAUUUUGUUGCUGUGCAUUGUAGCUGUUGUAAUAAUACAAGAAGCUUCAUGUUUCCCAGAACCACAACACCACCACCAUGGCCAUCAUCAUCAUGGUGGUCAUCACGGAGAAAACGGCUAUGGUAAUGGAGAGUGGGGAAACGGCUAUGGUAAUGGACAGUGGGGAAAUGGUUAUGGAAAUGGACAAUGGGAAAAUGGUUAUGGUAAUGGACAAUGGGGAAAUGGUUAUGGAAACGGCUACGGAAACAGCUAUGGAAACGGUUAUGGAAAUGGUUAUGAAUAUGGCAACGGAUAUGGAAAUAGUUAUGGGCAAGAACAAGGUGGAAUUUUGGGAGCAUUAUUUGGCUUAUAAACUUAUAAAAUUUAAUGAUAUCAAUUCAUUUUUUUUAUUAAUUUAUAAUUUAUAAUAUAUUUUUUGUAUAUGUAUUCUAAUUAACCAAAAAUAUACAUAAUUUAUUUGCAAAAUUUUA